AUGGCACUCAAUAGUCCUGGAACAUACCCUUUAAGUCCAAGAAGCCCCAAAAGUCCUUUACCUAUGAGUCCAACCGCUUCUAAGAGCUCAAGUCAUUUUAACUUUGCACCUCCAAGAAGUGCCGGAGGACCGAGAAGUCCCAACCACUAUUGUCCUAAGAGCCCUGGAAGCUCGAAUAAUUCCACUCAGUUCAACUUUGGUCCUAAAAGCCCUGGUGCUCCUAAGAGUCCUACAAAAUUUAACUACAGUCCAAAGAGCCAAGGGUGUCCGAAGAGCCCAAUGAAUUUCAACUUUGGACCCAAAAGUCCAGGAGGUCCUAAAAGUCCAAGACAGCAGUUUACAUUUGGUCCUAAAAGUCCUAGUUCGAAAAGCUCUAGUCAGUUUACAUUCGGUCUCAAGAGCCCUGUUGGUUCCAGAAGCCCAAGCACAGCUCCUCGAUGUCCAAACGGUUAUCUAAGAUCGUCUUCAAUUGGGUCUCGGGGCCCAAGUACUAGGGCUGAGAGCAGUGUUAAUUCUUUCUCGUCGAGUUCCAACAUUUCUAGCAGCAGUGCACUUCAGCACUCGAACUCUGGAAGCACUCAGGACGUAAACUCAACCGACACAGGUUCAACUUCGUCAUCCUCAUGGACCAGGUAUCGCAGGUCUACUUCAGACUUGACAGACCUCAUGGAGGAAGACUGCUCCACUACGGCUACCUCUCUGUCCCGACCGUGCUCGCCGCGGAGCCGGGCGGGCAGUAUCAAGGGAGGCGGAGGACUGGCCUAUCUAGCGUCACGACGUGGCAGCAGGGAUUCACAACUGUCACAAGCGUCCGCGGAAGAUGUUGGGCCGCUUAACUUCAGUAGCAAUCCUCGAGGACGCCAGCGGAGGACUUCGAACUUCCUCGAGUUACCAGGUAACGUCUGCAAGAACACAAUUAGCUCACUUUUUUGUAUUCGCAUAAUCGCUUUUCUUUUAAUGAAACCUUCAUGUUACCAGUAG